GUUUUCCCGUAGCCAUUCAGCAGAGGAAAUAUUUUGACGAACGUGUGCGGACAGCCAAUGGAAGCUGCUUUUCUUACUACAUCCACGUCGACUGGAAAGAAGAAAUGGACGCGAUUAUUCUGGAGCCCUCUUUGUACACGGUGAAGGCUGUCCUCAUACUGGACAAUGAUGGGGAAAGACUCUAUGCAAAGUAUUACGAUGAGACAUACCCCACGGUGAAAGAGCAGAAAGCUUUUGAGAAGAACAUUUUCAACAAGACCCACCGCACAGACAGUGAGAUUGCUCUGCUUGAGGGACUAACAGUGGUCUACAAGAGCAAUAUUGACCUAUACUUUUAUGUAAUUGGGAGCUCGCAUGAGAAUGAGCUGAUGCUGAUGUCCGUUCUGAACUGCCUGUUUGACUCUCUCAGUCAAAUGCUGCGGAAAAACGUAGAGAAGAGAGCUCUUCUGGAGAAUAUGGAAGGACUUUUCCUCGCUGUGGAUGAGAUCGUGGAUGGAGGAGUGAUCCUGGAGAGUGACCCCCUGCAGGUGGUUCAUCGCGUGGCCCUCAGGGGUGAUGAUGUUCCUUUGACUGAACAGACGGUCACCCAGGUGCUUCAGUCGGCAAAGGAGCAGAUCAAAUGGUCCCUUUUGCGAUAGGGCAGCGCCUGGAAAUCAUAGGAAAACGUGGGAAGCAGAGGCCUUGUCCUCCGAGAUCUCUCUUAAUUCCAUUUCUACUUUUGCUGUCUGUGUUGUACCUCCAAUAACUGCACUGAAUCGUCUGAUUGUUCCACCAGUCAGAAUUAUCAAGGGACCCUGUUUUUUUUCCCACCUCCUAUCGACACAACUCAUUCCUGCUGGAUUCAUUCUUCAUAUGUUCUUUUCAGUACCAACAUAAACAGAACAUUUCAUUGAAACUUACAUGUGAGCUGCCCAGCCUUUCCACCCACAAGCACACACGGCCCCGAUUAAGUCUUUUUUUGGCAGAUUUUUUUCCGAAGAAGGAAAAAUGUAUAUUAUCCUUCCUGGCAGCCUGCUUUUAUGGUCCGUUCUUAAAAGAGUGAAUACUGGCUUUCAGAUUAUUCCUCUGCAUGUCCACAUACUCGCCUCAGUCUUUGCCUUAUGUCUGUGAUACAAACUGCUAACGGCUUUUACUACACGACAGCUACCUGCUACCCACUGACACUGGGUAUGUCAGAACGUUUUCUGAUGGAUAUGCAUUAAGAAGGCAGCGGCAUUUAGAUACUCUGGCUGCAUUUGGAAAUACUAGCUUUUUGACAGCCCAGACUGUUUGUUUUGUUGACGUUCUUGAACAUUUGCUGGGGCCAUUUUCAGACUGAUAUUUGACUAUAAAUGACUGUGUCGGUCAGCCGUUCAAGCUUUGCUGGCAUGUCAUCACCUCAGCCGACUAACAAAUUACAUCUGAAGUCUGUAGGGUCCCCGGGCCUAAGUUUGUGCCCAUGAUCUGCAUUGUUAUUCGUGAGCUUUAUGCUAUUUUAAUGCCAGCGUACUGCAGGUCUGUUGGUGGUUACUGGAGCUACACUGUACCAGCAUUCAGUGUUUAGAUGUGGCCCCACAAUUCAUUGAAUUUACAGGAUCUUUCUGUCCAAAGUUGAAUUAUUUGUGUGAUUUAAUGCAAUGCUCUUUGCAAUGCUCUCGAUGAAUGCACUGAGAAGAAUAUUACCUGUUGAAUUUGAAUUGCUGAAUGGGGAAUAAUUUAGGGAUGAAAUAAAACAUUUGUUCUGUU